GCGCAGCCGUGCGGAGCGCUGCCCGUCGCGUCCCGACACGGCGUCGGAGUCCCUAGCGCCCUUGCGAAGUGUCCGGGGCGCCCUUAGGCGGAGGAAUCGACGUCCUCGGCGGCUGCCGCGUUAUCGCGAGAGCCCUCCUUUGCCGCGUCACUUCGGCAGGAAGCAAAGACUCUUCGAACUCUCAACUUUUGGAAGGGGAGAAAAAAAAAAAUAUAUAUAUAUACUAUAAUCACAGAGUGACAUGAGAGAGAAAAUCGAAAUCCUCGAGCGCGCCUCCACCGCAUCGCUCGAAAUGGGACUGUUCUCCGUCGGUCCCGUCGGCUCCGGGGACAAGCAGAGCUGCGCCGACAACUCUUAAGCGUCGAGCUUGCAACGUUCCGCCGCGACAUCUCCGCGCGUGAUUGGAACUCAAGAGACGCUCUGGGUAGGUUAGCUUUUAGGGAAACUUAGAAUUCAGUGUACAUAUUUCUGAAGUGUUGUUUGUGUUUUGGAAGUGUUGGACUCGCGAUCUGGGAGGAUCCAUCGUCUCGUGGCGUGUGAGUGAACCCAGUUGUACCCACCGUCGGGACGAACACGGCAUCUGAGCGGACAUGGGAAACUCCAGCUGCACCAAGUGUCAGUCGUAGGGAAAAGUGCACGAGAUGGCUUUGACGUCGGCAGCGAGCAACGCGCGGAGAGGGUUGGUAGCUGGGUUGCUGUUCUGCAGUGUUCUGGCGAGCUGUCACGGCUGGCCGCAGCUGGACGAGGAGGCGCCGGAGGACGCUGGUCCAGGCGGCGCGGCGCCCUUCUUCGACCUGAGCGUGCCUCGCAACGUGACCACGGCCACGGGGCAGACGGCCUUCCUGCACUGCCGCGUCGAGCAGCUGGGCGACAAGGGGGUGUCGUGGAUCCGCCAGCGGGACCUGCACAUCCUCACGGUGGGCAUCCUCACGUACACGAGCGACGCGCGCUUCCAGGUCAUCCGGCCCGACAAGUCCGACAACUGGACGCUGCAGAUCAAGUUCCCGCAGGAGCGAGACUCUGGCGUGUACGAGUGCCAGGUCAACACGGAGCCCAAGAUGAGCCUCGCUUUCCGCCUCAACGUCAUAGAGGCCAAGGCGCGCGUGCUGGGCCCCGCCGACCUGUACGUGAAGACGGGCAGCCAGGUGAGCCUGAGGUGCGAGAUCAGCCAGGGCCCGCACGACCUGGGCACGGUGUUCUGGUACCGCGGGGCGUCCAUCCUGCAGCCGCCGCCGCCCCAGCAGCCCGGGGUCUCCGCCCCCGCGCCGCGCCUGCGCAUCCACACCGAGUGGACGGACGGCCUGACGUCGUGGCUGCGCAUCUCGCACGCCCGGCCGCAGGACUCGGGCAACUACACGUGCGUGCCGACCAUCGCCAAGGCGGCCAGCGUCAUGGUGCACGUGAUCAACGGUGAGCACCCGGCCGCCAUGCAGCACGGCAACAGCCGCUCGACUAGUGUCUACACUUCUGUGCACAUUCUUGUAUAUAGUUUUACAGUUUUCUUAAUAAAUCGAAUGAGAUGAGAAGUU